AUGAGGAGACAUCGUUCGGGGUCUUCUCCUUCGCCGUACCGGGCGCUGUCAAACCAGAAUGGCGGCGGACACGGCGCAGGGGGGAUUCCUGACUCCAUGUCAUUAAUCAGAUCUUUCAAUGUCGAAGCCACACCGACUAGACCGGUGCGCCCCUCCCCAUUGACGGCUUCAACCAUUCGCGACAUGCCGCUUGACCUAGUCGAUCGGAUCAGAUCUUUCCCAUUGUUCCAGUCUGCCUCAGAAGACUUUCUCGCCGCCAUUGGCAACCAUCUGAGGCCGCAGGUCCAUGCAGCCCAAGAUACCAUCCUUCACGAAGGUGAAGAUGCCAGAGCCAUGUACUGGAUCGUGCGUGGCGUCGUUGCCGUUACCUCGCGUGAUGGUGAAGCUGUCUUUGCCGAACUCAAGGCAGGUUCCUUCUUUGGCGAGAUUGGCGUGCUCAUGGACGUCCCUCGUACUGCGUCAAUAGUCGCGCGGACAAAGUGUCUGCUCGUCGUUCUAAAGAAGGAGGAUCUACAGACUGAGCUGCCACGUUUCCCUGAAAUGGAGCAGGCUAUUCGCCAGGAGGCUCAAGAGAGGCUCAACAUCCUCAAGAAGAAACGAAAGGAAAGUAGCCACUCCGACAAGUCUCCUCCCAUAGGUACAAGUAUUUCGAGAGAGCCUGUACCUGGCGAGGUGUCCACGGGCGAGGUGGGCAUGAUCAAAGAAGGAUCUGUUCACAACUCCAAAAAACGGAAGUCGCCGAGCCCAGGCGCCAUCGAGGACCCUGCUGCCGGCAGUGCCCUUGGAAGCGGCUUCGUUAAUGUGCGCAAGACGCUCAAAGAAUUUCCUCUUUUCUCGACCCUACCCUCCGACAUUUUGCACUUUCUCGGACUGAGCGCCCAACCCAAAACAUAUUCACCUUUUACCGACAUAGUACGUCAGGGCGCUCCCGGCAACGACAUCUUCUUCAUUGUUCGCGGUGAGGCUGAAGUGGUACGUGAGCCUGCCAAAUCAGAGGACCCAUUCAGGAAGAUGCCUAGAGGAUCGUACAUUACCCCGCGGUUAAAGGCAGGACAGUACUUUGGAGAAGUGGCCAGUCUGGGCCUCUCCGAGGGUCGAACUGCCUCUGUACGUUCAAUCACGACUGUUGAGUGUCUCAUGAUCGACGGCGAUGCUCUGGAAGAGCUCUGGAAGAUGUGUCCUCCCGACAUCAAGUUGCAGGUUGAGGAGACAGCUCGAAAGCGAUACAGAAAGACGGAUGAAGAUGUGGAUAUGAAUGAUGUCAACAUGGAACAGCAACGAAUGUCAACAUGGAGAAUUUACGAAACCCGGCGGAGAAAUUCCCUCGCGCCACCGACGCCGCAACCCGAUGCACCGUCACCUAAUGUAUUGAAUGGGAGGUAUCAACCGCUCGACACGACUCCGAUCCGAUUUGGCAUCCCGCAGUGGCCAUCAGACUCUGAAGAAGUGCCGCCGAAACGAGCCAGGAUCCUCCCCCACCGACCACUUUCGAUGCAAACACCAUCUCUGCCAGACAAGAUUCUGGUCAGUGCUCUGCAGUUGAUGAGCGUGGGCGAGCUGGUCCGACUUCGGGUCGUGUCAACGCACUGGCGCAAGGUGAUCGAGAAGGACCCGGGAGUGUGCAUUAAUGCUGAUCUCUCCCCGUAUAACCGGAGGGUGACGGAUCAUAACGUCAGGACUGUCAUUGGGCCCUUUUUGGGCAACCGACCGGAAAUGAUUGAUAUCAGCAAUUGCUUCCAUCUGACCGACGAAGGGUUCAAAUCGCUCUGGGAGCAAUGCGGACGCAAUGUGAAGCGAUGGAGAAUGAGAUCCGUGUGGGACGUGUCGGCUAAUCAGAUUCUGGAAAUGGCCGAAAACGCCAAAGAUCUCGAGGAGGUGGACUGGAGCAACUGUAGGAAAGUUGGUGAUAACCUCCUGGCCAGGGUUGUUGGAUGGGUGGUGCCUGAACCCCCGCCACCGCCGCCACAAAACAAGCAAGUGGUUAUCUCGAGUUCAAACGCCAGAGGUCGGAACCAGAAGCAACAAACCCGUCCUGCUGCCAACAUUCCCAAGCCUGGUACGUCCUGGGCGCCCUUUCGAUUUCUCGGCCUCAAUCGACUGUGCCUUGCCGAUUGCACAUAUCUGUCUGAUAAUGCAAUUGUCGCGCUGGUGGGGGCCGCGAAGAACCUGACCCAUCUUGAUCUUUCGUUCUGCUGCGCCCUGUCCGACACGUCUACCGAGGUUGUUGCGCUCGGCCUUCCUCUUCUGCAGGAGCUGCGGCUCGCAUUCUGUGGCAGUGCCGUAUCGGACGCCAGCUUGCAAUCAGUUGCGCUGCACCUGAACGAGUUGCAGGGCAUCUCGGUCCGUGGCUGCGUGCGAGUCACCGGCAAUGGCGUUGAGAAUCUACUCGACGGCUGUGGACGGCUGACUUGGGUCGACGUCAGCCAGUGCCGCAACCUCGAGGGGUGGAUCCGCACCGGUGGUGUGGCGCGCUGGGGCUUUGACGAGCGAGGCGGUAAUGGCCUGCCGUCGCCCAGCUCUUCUGACGACGGAGACCGGCCAAAGCUCAUGGCGAGGGCUAUGUCGAUGAGCAAAAAUCCGAUGGGACUCAAUGUGGGAGUUCCAGGCCGUACGAUGAGUUUCCGCAGACGAACAAGGAAGCCGGUUCGAUUUAUCGUCGAAAAGGGAACCGGAGUAUUACGUUGA